CAACAGCCACGCACCUCGCCAUCACCCCCAUGGCAAGUCCCUGGAGAUAUGGAUGAUGAUGCAAGGUAAUUCUGAUAUCAAGGCAAUGGCUUUCUGACCGUUCUUUUUGUUUCUUCUUCACGAUCAGAACAUCCUCCCCUCAAAGCCCCAUUUCCAACCUCAAUGCGCUGAGUCGAAACCCCGCCUCUCCCAUCAAUAACGGACACACCGGAUUCUCGACCAUGACUAUCCGCAAACAGUACCCCUCUCGCAACUACGAGACAUUCCACGACGACGCCGACGACAGCAUCACGCAGUCUCCCACCUCCUACCAGCGAGGAGGGGACGCAGACAAGUCCCGAUCCGCUGCGGCGGAGGCUCAACGACUUGGGUCUCAAGGCUCAUGGGCCGACAACUUCGCAGGCGGGACGCCCGCCACUAACCAAACCCCAGCAGCUUCAACCGUCGACGGCGACGAAGUGAGGGAUAUCAGAUAUCCGCACCUUUCAUCGGACGGGGAUCCUUCCGAUCCACCUCCAGUCUACACUCCCUCCGCCAGCACUCAAGUUGGAUCUCAAUCGCCUGCAGCGCCAGCCUCUCCUGUGGCUGCAAGAUCGAAUCUCUCCUCAAUACCAGAGCCAGUAAGCGCUCCUGCCGCAACAUCCUCUUCUUCCAUCCCGCAAUCAUCCCCAUGUACAUCUCGAGACAAUGAUGAAGAGGAGGGUUCGUCGUCCUCGUCCGGGUCUGUCCAGCAUAACCACCACUCUCAACACCACCACCAUGAUCAUCACCAGCACGAAGAAGAUGCAGACUCGGAUGGCCUCCCUGUUUUCCUACAGCAGCACCCACGCCGGAACCGGUUGUGGUUUCGGGCCGCUGUUAGAGGGCGAGGCUGCCGCGGGGGGCGUCGGCAGGCAAUACGACAAUGCGAUCGUCACAAGCAUCGAGCCCGCCGAUUCAAGCGGAUAUGCUUUGUCGUCCUGGCGCUUGUUGCCUGCCUAUGGCUACUGAUUCCAGGCCUAUGCCGGUCGCUCAAGAAUGACGGACGGUACCAGCUCCCGAACUUUGGGCCACGCCCCUCGCAAGCACCCUGGCCGCCGCCAAAACGGGAACAUCGUGAGCACGAGACCUUCCACUCUAUCACCGGUACCUACCAGCUCUAUGAUCUGCUCGAUCUUUCGACCACAGCAGGCAGCAUCACAAUCACUGUCGAUGUGCAGCCUGGAGACAAACCAGCAGUCCUUCGUCUUUCCUCGUCGGCGGGCAGCGUAAACGUCAAAAUGACUUCUGGGGGUGGGUUUUUCACGAAACCCACCAUCCCGGACACCGCAAAAACGAGGACACUGGUCACGGAGAUCUCUACGAAUGCUGGCAGCGUCUCUGGCAACCUGGUGCACGGCAACGGCGGGUCUACCACCAUCUCCACAAAUGCCGGUUCCAUCUCGGUCACUAUAUUUGCGGUUGGCGUCUCCGAGAUGGAUCCACAAUCGAAUAUCUCGACUACCUCCAACUCAGGCAGCCAACACAUCAAGGUUGUGCCGACCCUGGACUCGACCGAGGCGAUCCGUGCCAUCGAAGCCGUCCACACUGUACGUGGUAGUGGAAGUAUGAACGUCGCGUACCCGCCUCAGUGGGAGGGUAUGGUGCAUCUUUCCAGCCGCGGACAUGGGAGUAUUGGCGCCAGCGGAACCGGACUGGUCGUCCGAAAAGAGAGUAGUCGUGAGUUGUAUGGAUAUCGAGGUGCGACGCAGGGGAGGACAGUCGAAAUUUCAGAAAUGGGCCAUGGGAGUGUGAGGUUUUCGUGCUGAACUGGCGAGGCAUGAAAUACCGAAGUUCCUCUCAGUCUUUGAUGCUGAAUUGUCGCGUGCUUGUUGACUGAAAAGGAGAAACACUGAAAGAUGGAUGUUAUCUCUUCGGGAUCCAUGCUGUUGCUUGGGAGGAAGUGCGUGUGGGUGGUAAUGUAUCCCGCAACUCAAGAUUGCGGUGGGAUACUCCCGUUCUUGGUUUAUUCGUAUGGGAUGUGAAAGGAAACAACGGGAAACCUUUGGGGUCGGGCAGGCUUCUAGACCCGAAAACGAACAGCUCUUAUGGCGUUUGCGUAUUGUAUACCUACCAAUGAUCUCAAACGAUAUUUAGAAAUUGAAAAAAAUUGGGGAAACAAAACAUUCUUGAGAGAUCACAGCCACUCCUCGAUGUUUUCCCUUUUAAAGAUUGCAUCCAUCA